AUGCUUUACCAGCCCAUUGCGAAAUCGCAGCUCGAGUGGUAUGCCUCGCUCAACCCUCUGGAGCAUGGCAUCAGCCCGAGCAACAAGUACUUUCGUAAGACCUCCAUCAUCGCUACCAUCGGCCCCAAGACGAUGGGCGUCGAGAUGCUCGGCAACCUGCGCAAGGCAGGCAUGAACAUUGUCCGCCUCAACGCCUCGCACGGCUCUCACGAGUACUUCAAGACGGUCGUAGACAAUGCCCGCGCCGCUGUAGCCUCCAACGCCGAGGGUCGCCCCCUUGCCAUUGCCCUCGACACCAAGGGUCCCGAAAUGCGAACGGGUAUGAUGGUCAAUGGCGAGGACGUCAAAGUGUCGAUGGGUCACGAGUUUUACGUCACCACCGACGACAAGUACGCUGAGGCUUGCUCGCCCGAGUACCUUUACAUCGAUUACAAGAACCUCGCAAAGAAGGUCGAGAAGGGCCGCACCAUCUACAUCGACGACGGCAUCUUGGCGCUCGAGGUCCUCUCCAUCGACUCCCCCACCCUGGUCCGCGUCCGCGCCCAGAACAACGGCACUCUCUCCAACAAGAAGGGUGUCAACCUCCCCCUCACCGAUGUGGACCUCCCAGCCAUCUCGGAGAAGGAUCGCCAAGACAUUCUCUUUGCGGUUGAGAAUGACCUCGACAUGAUCUUCGCCUCCUUCAUCCGCUCCGGUUCCGACGUCCGCACGAUUCGCGAGAUCCUCGGAGAGAAGGGUGCCCACAUCAAGAUUAUCAGCAAGAUCGAGAACCAUCAGGGGGUGAUGAACUUCGAUGAUAUCCUGAGAGAGUCGGACGGUAUCAUGGUUGCGCGCGGUGAUCUCGGGAUCGAGAUUCCGGCCCCUCAGGUCUUCAUGGCACAGAAGAUGAUGAUCGCAAAGUGCAACAUUGCUGGCAAACCUUCCAUCUGUGCUACGCAGAUGUUGGAGAGCAUGAUUGUCAACAACCGACCUACGCGAGCAGAGGUGAGCGAUGUAGCCAACGCGGUCCUCGAUGGAGCAGACUGUGUCAUGCUGUCAGGGGAGACGGCGAAGGGAGCCUAUCCUCUCGAGGCAGUACGAAUGAUGGCCGAGACGGCUUUCCUGGCCGAACAGUCCAUCUCGUACGUUCCCCUCUUCAACGAGAUGCGAGCCCUCACUCAAGUCCCCACAGAGACCAGCGAGACGGUAGCCAUGGCCGCCGUCUCUGCCUCUCUCGAGCAGCAAGCCGGGUGCAUCCUCCUCAUGAGCACUUCGGGCAACACGGCUCGCCUCGUCUCCAAGUACAGGCCUCGUUGCCCCAUCCUCGUAAUCAGCCGCGACGAGCAGACCUGUCGUUCCGUCCACCUGUAUCGUGGUGCCUACCCCUUCUUCUACCCUUACCCCCGACCUCAAGACACCUCUGGCGCGGCAUGGGGUGGGGAUGUGGACAAUCGUAUCAAGUAUGGGCUCAGCUCUGCACUUCGUCUCGGCAUCGUGGAGAAGGGCAGCGUGUGCAUCGUGGCACAGGGAUGGCGUGGUGGGUCUGGACACACCAACUCCCUCAGGGUGCUGACCGUACCUGAUGCGGCGCGCGAUUUCCAGUUGGAGGGGACGAGCGCUGCCGGUGUUGGUGCAGGUGCGGCUAGGCCUACGACGGUUAGGAACCCUAGCACUAUCAGCCAGGCUGGUGGACAGUAA